GUUGUGGGUGAGAGUCAAAUAAAAGAACAGGGGUAAUUUUGAUGAAAAGCUUUAAUUUUAAUUUAAAUAAAAAAGGAAAAAACAAGUGUAUUUAUGGAUAGGGAAUCCUUGAUUUGAAGAUAGGAUAACCAGAGAGAGUGCGAGAGAGAUGAGUGCGAUGGCGUUAUCGAGCAGCAUUCUACAAUGUCCGCCGCACUCCGACAUCUCGUUCCGCUUUUUUGCUCAUACACGAACCCACUCCCCCAUCUUCUUCGGAAGACGACGAAAAUUAUCAUAUAUCCAUUGUUCCACAAGCUCAAGCUCAACUGCCAAUUACCAGAACACGAUUAUGAGCCAAGGAGAAGGAGAGAAAGUAUUAGAUUGUGUAAUUGUUGGAGCUGGUAUCAGUGGACUUUGCAUUGCUCAGGCUCUUUCUACCAAACACAGUCAAUCCAAUCUCAAUUUCAUUGUCACUGAAGCUAAACAUCGUGUUGGAGGUAAUGUCACUACCAUGGAGUCCGAUGGCUAUAUCUGGGAAGAGGGUCCUAAUAGUUUCCAACCCUCCGAUCCUGUGCUUACUAUGGCGGUUGACAGUGGAUUGAAAGACGAUUUGGUCUUGGGAGAUCCUAAUGCCCCUCGCUUCGUGCUCUGGAAUGGUAAAUUAAGGCCUGUUCCUUCCAAACCUACGGACCUUCCCUUUUUUGAUCUCAUGAGCUUUCCUGGUAAGAUUAGGGCUGGUAUUGGUGCACUUGGUCUUCGUCCUCCUCCUCCUCCUUCUUCUUAUGAGGAAUCUGUUGAAGAAUUUGUGCGCCGUAAUCUCGGCGAUGAGGUCUUCGAACGCUUGAUCGAACCCUUUUGUUCUGGUGUCUAUGCUGGUGAUCCUGCAAAGUUGAGUAUGAAAGCUGCAUUUGGAAAGGUCUGGACCUUAGAGCAAAAGGGUGGUAGUAUCAUCGCCGGUACACUCAAAACUAUUCAGGAAAGGAAGAAUAAUCCUCCACCCCCUCGAGACCCCCGCCUUCCUAAACCUAAGGGCCAGACUGUUGGAUCCUUUAGGAAAGGGCUCAUUAUGUUACCUACCGCCAUUGCUGCUAGGCUUGGCAGCAAAGUAAAACUAUCGUGGACACUUUCUAAUAUUGAUAAGUCGCUCAAUGGUGAAUACAAUCUCACUUAUCAAACACCUGAUGGACCGGUUUCUGUUAGGACCAAAGCGGUUGUCAUGACUGUCCCUUCAUACAUUGCAAGUAGCCUGCUUCGUCCGCUCUCAGAUGUUGCUGCAGAUUCUCUUUCUAAAUUUUACUAUCCACCAGUCGCAGCAGUGUCCCUUUCUUAUCCCAAAGAAGCAAUUAGACCAGAAUGCUUGAUCGAUGGAGAACUAAAAGGAUUUGGGCAACUGCAUCCCCGCAGCCAGGGUGUGGAAACCUUGGGAACAAUUUAUAGUUCAUCUCUUUUCCCUGGUCGAGCACCACCCGGUAGGACCUUGAUCUUGAGCUACAUUGGAGGUGCUACAAAUCUUGGCAUAUUACAAAAGAGUGAAGAUGAACUUGCGGAGACAGUUGAUAAGGAUCUCAGAAAAAUUCUGAUAAAUCCAAAUGCGAAAGGCAGCCGUGUUCUGGGAGUGAGAGUAUGGCCAAAGGCAAUCCCCCAAUUUUUAGUUGGUCACUUUGAUCUGCUAGAUGCUGCAAAAGCUGCUUUGGCAAAUGCUGGGCUAAAGGGGUUGUUUCUUGGUGGUAAUUAUGUAUCAGGUGUUGCCUUGGGGAGGUGUAUAGAGGGUGCUUAUGACUCUGCAUCUCAGGUAGUGGAUUUCCUCUCACAGUACAAAGACAAGUAGUCAAUAGGGCUCCAGCAUCCUGGUUAAGUAACUUUUUGUAGCUGUUGUAAUUUGUAUCAUGUAAUAUUAUUCAGAUAUAAAAUAGCCCACUGUCAAACAAGUUUUAAAAGAUGUAAAAGCAUGAGAUACAGUCGGUGUUCUUUGA